AUGCGCCGCGCCAGCCGAGACUACACCAAGUACCUGCGCGGCUCCGAGGAGAUGGGCAGCGGCGGCUCCAGCGCCCCGCACGAGGGCCCCCUGCACGCCCCCCCGCCGCCCGCGCCCCCCGCCGCCUCCCGCUCCCUGUUCGUCGCCCUCCUGGGGCUGGGACUGGGCCAGGUCAUCUGCAGCGUCGCCCUCUUCCUCUACUUCCGAGCGCAGAUGGACCCUAACAGAAUAUCAGAAGAUGACACUGACUGCUUUAAGAGGCUUUUCAAGCUCCAUGAAAAUGCCGAUUUUCAAGACACCACUCUGGAGAGCCAAGACACAAAAUUGAUGUCGGAUUCGUGUAGAAGAAUUAAGCAGGCCUUUCAGGGAGCUGUGCAUAAGGAAUUACAGCACAUUGUUGGGUCGCAGCACAUCAGAGCUGAGAAAGCUACGGUGGAUGGCUCGUGGCUAGACCUGGCCAGGAGGGGCAAGCCUGACAGUCAGCCGUUUGCUCAUCUCACUAUUAAUGCCACCAACAUCCCAUCAGGCUCCCACAAAGUGAGUCUCUCCUCUUGGUACCACGACCGAGGUUGGGCAAAGAUCUCCAACAUGACUUUCAGCAAUGGGAGGCUCAUCGUGAACCAAGAUGGCUUUUACUACCUGUAUGCCAACAUCUGCUUUCGGCAUCACGAAACGUCAGGAGACCUGGCCAAGGAGUAUCUUCAGCUGAUGGUCUACGUCACUAAAACCAGCGUCAAGAUCCCAAGCUCCCACACCCUGAUGAAAGGCGGAAGCACCAAAUACUGGUCCGGAAACUCGGAGUUCCAUUUUUAUUCCGUAAAUGUCGGGGGAUUUUUUAAGCUACGGUCUGGUGAAGAAAUAAGCAUCCAGGUGUCCAACCCUUCACUACUGGACCCAGAUCAAGAUGCAACUUACUUUGGGGCUUUCAAAGUACGAGAUGUAGAUUGA